AUGGAAGAGUUGAUCCGGUGGAAAGAGUUGGGAGACCAUCCGGUCGUACCCAAGAUAACAAUCACCCCGCCAUUUACCUCAGAGAUCAUGGGCGAACCUCUCCCGCCCAACUUCAAACCGCCUAACGUGAGGAGGUUCGAUGGAACUGGUGACCCGCAAGAACACAUAUUGUCCUACCAGGCCGCCAUGAUGCUGAUGGGGUCGUCCGAGGCGGCCAUGUGCCGAGCCUUCUUCUCCACGUUGGCCGGAGGGGCUCAGCGUUGGUUCACCAACUUACCCGGUGGAUCGAUCGGUUCAUUUCACGAAUUGGCGAUGAAAUUCAUCACCUGUUUCAUGCGGGGAAGGAGGUGUAAAAAACAUUUCACACACCUCGCGAGCUUAAAGCAAGGGAAGAAUGAGACCCUGAUGGAGUUCCUUAUCCGUUGGCGAACGGAGGAGGCCGAAGUGGAGGACAUGGAUGACAGGUCGGCCAUUGUCAUGUUCAUCUCCGCCCUGAGGGUGGGGGAUCUAUAUAAAAGCCUACGCCGCAAAACGCCAAGGACCUACACCUCGCUGAUGAUGAAAGCCGACCGUUAUGCGGAGGCGGAGGAAGCGAACCGUCUAAAACACCUGGAGGAGGAAGGAAGCAAGAGGUCGCGCACGGAAGGGUCCUCAAAGUCCGGGGGUAGCAUGCCCUCCCACCCCCGAAGGGGCAGGGAAGAAGGGAAACCCAACCCAGGGAACAAGUCCCACGCGGGUUCUCGUAUGCCACCCUGGGCACCAGCACCCCCCUCAGGCAGGACGCCUCACUUGGUACCCUUCACCCCUCUAAGAGCCCCGCCAAGCGACAUAUUGGCUUACGCCGAGGAAUGUCACCUGGUGAGAACACCAGACCCGCGCCCCGACCCCUCGGGGGCGGACAUGUCAAAAUAUUGCAAAUACCAUCGUUGCCAUGGGCAUAACACGAACGACUGUCAAGCGUGGAGGAAAGAAAUAGAGAGACUGAUACAGGCCGGCAAGUUGGGUAACUUUAUAGAUUGGGACAGGAUGGCCAAAAGGGACACGCGGGGAAGGGGUGUAACACCCCAACUACCGCAAACCGAAAAAGAAAAGGAUAGAGACGAACCCAAUCGACCAGUAGUUAACGUCAUAUUUGGCGGGGAAGCCUUAGGGGAGCAGGCCUUCGUGGGGGCUGUCGAUGAUCGCCCGGCCACGAAGAAGCCUCGACGGGAACCCAUUUGGUUCUCGGACAAAGACCUCCCGGCGAGGUCAACUGCCCCGAAGGACGCCCUCGCGAUGUAA